CGGCAACCGGCGGCAGUCGCUUCCGUCGCGUCCGCCCAGCAAGUACUGUCGCGACACGACGCAAACCGCUGUUAUUUAUUUUUUUAUUUUCACAAUCGUUAUUUUUCAUACCGUUUCGCGCGGUGCCGUUCUCGUCAGUGUACGUUUAUUCGUCUGCGAUCGCAUUCACGACACUCGCGAGCGUGCUAGUUCGCCGCACUGGUUGACGACAAUAAUAUUAUUUUAAUCAAACAAUAUAUUAGAUAUUAUUAUUUUUUUUCCCGUCUCCGGUACGCGACGACAAAUUUACAUCAAACUAUAUUUUUUUAUUAUAUUUUACCUUAAAAUAUCAAUCGAUCGAAAGCGGCAGUUUCACUCGCAGGUCGAGGAAAAUUAAAUUAUUUUAACAUUUUUUUCGACGCGCGUUCGAGCGCCACAACACAUGGAUACCGCACCGUCCUAAACGCCGCAGACAGCCCGCGUGUCGCACACAAUUCAAUCGUUGAGAAAUGGUAGCGGACACGGCUAACAGUUAUCAUCAUCAACAGAAAACUCAGCCACAACAGCCCCAGCAAUCAAAUCAGCAUCAACAACAACAGCAACAGCAACAUCAACAAAAACUCCACCAGCAACAGCAACAACAACUUCACCAAAUCCAUUUGCAACGCCAACAGCAACAAAACAGUGGCGGAAUAAUGCCGCAGUAUUGUAGCGACAUGGAACAGUCUGGUGGUCCAGGAAGCAUGAGAUACGAUGAUUCGGUAUCACCCGGACCGGAAUCACGGCCCGGUGAACCAUAUCCUCCAGGGUUCGACCUGACGGCACAUCUGCAGCACAAGGAGUUCUUUGCGCAACGUAAGCAGCGUGAAUUCAUACCAGAUAACAAGAAAGAUGAAAGCUACUGGGACCGGAGGCGACGGAACAACGAGGCGGCCAAGCGAUCACGUGAAAAGAGGCGUUUCAACGACAUGAUCCUCGAGCAGCGGGUGGUUGAGUUGAGCAAAGAGAAUCACGUGCUUAAGGCUCAACUUUCUGCCAUCAAAGAUAAGUUCGGCAUCAGCGGUGAAGCUGUGGUCAGCGUUGAACAGGUUAUGGCUUCUUUGCCGACAAACGAACAAGUAUUGAGCAUUACAAAACGCCCGAAACUGUCCACGUCGUCGUCGUCCUCGUCGGUGGGCUACUCGCAGAACGGGUCAGGUCCCAUACCCACGUCAGUCAUCCAUCAACCCGUCCAGUCAACCACACCCAAAAUGAACGGCUCGUACUACGGCGGCGCACAGUCUGACUGCGGCAGCCCCAUCGACCAACACACACUCCAGCAACAACAGCAACAGCAACAGCAGCAGCAGCAGGGCGACCGUUCGAACGGCGUCAAUGGUUUGCCCAUGUCCGUGGCUGCCGCAGCCGUGGCCGCCGCGGCCCAAGCCGGGUACCCGCCGUACCCGUUUGCGCCCGUCCUGCCACCACUGCAGCCGCCGUCGUUCGAAGCUGCCGCCAACAGCGUACUGAACCUCAGCCGCCGGCCGCCGUCUCCGUACGAGCUGAGCAGUGGCAGUGGCGAUGACACUUCGUCGUCUUGCGUACCCAUAUCUCUGGCGUUCGUGGCCGCCGCCGCCGCCGCUGCGGCUGGUGGAGUCGUUGGACCGGGUGGAACGUUGGUCGGAAACAACAACAACGGCAACAACGGCAACAACAACAAUCACCACCUCCAGCACCGCCACCGGCACCACUUUAACGGCAACGGCAUGAUGGCCAUGAUGACCAGCGGAGCCGGAGGCGUACCGAUCGCGGUCCUCAACGGCGGCAACAACGGCGUCUCCAUGGUGCACGCCAACGACAACAACGCGGGCAUCAUUAACGGCGUGAAUGGCAACAACAUCGCAGCGAUCGUCAACGGCGGUGGCGGAGGCAACGGAGGCGGUAACUGUCUGCCGCACAAGCUCCGUCACAAGACGCACUUGGGCGAUAAGGACGUAGCUGCCACGGCCCUGCUAUCGUUGCAGGCCAUUAAGCAGGAGCCGGGCAGCAGCCGAGCCAGUCCGCCGUGGGACGCGGAGGGCAGCAGCGACGAGCGCGACUCGGGCAUCAGCUUGGGCGUCGAAUGGGGCGUCCGGCCGUCGUCCGCUUCGGUGGCCGCGUGCCCGACCACCGCCUCGGUGGCCGCUCCCCGCGCCGCCGCCAUGCAGUCGCCGGCCGCCGUCACGAUGAGCGGCGAACCGGCCGACGGUGCCGUGCACGCGACCGCCCCGACGGCCGCGGCCGCCGCCGACGACACCAGGCUCAAGUCCGAAGUUGCUCGGCUAGCGUCCGAGGUGGCCAGUCUCAAAAACAUGCUAUCGUCCAGAAAAUCGGCCACCGCGGCCCCGGCCCAGUCCACCACCGUUGCGGUCAACUGAUAAACGAGCCGCAGCAGUUCACGAACGAUAUAUAUAUUAUAUGUUCGUUAUGGCGAUUCACAGGUAUUUUAAUUGUUAUACGUUCGCACGCGAAUCCAUCAUAGAUAAAUUAUUAUUAUUUUUAUUAUUAUUAUUUUUAAUUUUAUUAUUAUUUUUAUUAUUAUUAUUCAUCAUUAUAUAUUAUUAUUAUUAUUAAAAUCUGGUAGUUUUGACGAUGUUUCGUAAAUCAUUCGAACAUGAUUUCGUCGCCCACCGAAUGUCUUUUAAUACUAUGUGUGUAAUAUAAAAUAGAUAAUAUUAUGAUGUUAUAUUAUUGUUAUAUCGAACUCGCGAAAUAAUACAAUUAUUGUUUUUUUUUUUUUUUUGCUUUCAUAAA